GAGUUCAUGUUAGCGGAAGAAGUCGAAAGAGUAGCUGGUUGUGCAACUCACCUUGCUGCUGGUUCUGGCCGCACUGCUGCUGAUUCCCCGAGCUGCCUCCCUGAGGGGGUUGCUGUUGCUGGGGCGGGGAUGGCUGCCACGGCUGAGGCUGGCUGGGCUGCUCCCAGGGGGCGGCAGAGACCAGCAUGGCCGAGGCGGCAAGAGCGAGGAGGGAGAAGGCGUGCAUGUUGAGUGAUUGAUUGAUUGGGUGAUGGAAGUGUUGAAAGUGUGUGUUUGAACGAGUGCUGGACUUGUUGCGAUAUCUGGACGAUGAUGAUAGGAAAGAAACGAAACGAAACGGAAUCAACACGACUUUUAUAACCCGAUCCUCGACAUCGACCUCGCCGUGCUGCGUCAUCGACAAUCCCCGAGCAGGUGCAAGGAAUGCUGCAAGUGUUUUCGCCCUGCCAAGGCGUGGCACCGCUGCCAGAAAGUCCCGACGUAAGGGAAGCACAACACACAAGGGAUAAACGUCUUGUGCCACCACACGCGCGCCCUCACCCUCGCCUCUUUGCGUGCGCUACAAAUUGCGAUCGACGCUCCAAUGCACUGCUUUCUCGUGUCCACCCGUCAACGAGGCGGAGAAUGUGCAGCGCAGCAUUGCUGCUGACGGCCUGUAACACGCAGAAUGCAGAUCUUCGUCCGAAUGGGUGCCGCCGCACAGGGGUUUGCGUUCCCAUUCAUCACCAGAUUGGGACUUCAGCGCUCCGAGUACACCUUGAGAUAUCGAAGGAGUACGUCAGACUCGUGUUCAGGCGUCGGAGUUGCGACUUUCCUCGGCCGCGCUGGCAUGUCGUCGGGAUCGAACGGACGCCUGCAUUUACAUCGGAAGCAGGGGAGUAUUGCGUGGACGAGACACUCCCCCUGGACUUCGUUUCAGUCCAGCGAUUUGUUGACCGGAAUGCAGUUAAGCCAAUUACGGAGUGUUCACGUUCUCGUGGCAAGGCAGGGAUGGCUGGAUGGAGGGGCGGUGGUGACGCUGUUACGGGAAUCGAUGGCUGAAUUAGCACAUGAUCUUCGACUCUGAAAGACGGCUGCUCGGGGUGUUUGAGACAUGGUGGCCUUGGGUACUACUUCAUUGACUAUUGAAUCACAUUGGUGUCGCGGCGUCAAUCAGAGGUACUGACUGUUU